AAUAUCAGCUUAUCUAAGUCUGAGAUUAAAUAAUCUUAGCUUAGCUCCCAUGUUAUCAAUCUUUGAGAGUAUAAAUGCGCAUUGCUAAGUCACUGAGUAAUUAGUCAAUCAACAUGCGCGUCCUCAGUGUUCUAGCCAUUUUAGUAGCGGCAGUAGCAGCCGUCCCGACAAAUCCUCAGAGGAUUGUUGGUGGUUCGGUGACCACAAUUGAUCAAUAUCCCACCAUCGCCGCUCUGUUAUACACCAGCAACUGGAGUGCUUACUGGCAAGCCUGCGGAGGUACCAUCCUCAACAACCGUUCUAUCCUCACAGCUGCUCACUGCACUCAUGGUGAUGCGGUCGGCAGAUGGCGUAUUCGCGUAGGCUCCACCUGGGCUAACAGUGGUGGUGUCGUCCAUAAUGUCAACCAGAAUAUUGUCCACGGCUCAUACAACUCUAAUACUAUGGACAAUGACAUCGCUAUCCUCCGCUCCGCCUCCACCUUUACCUUCAACAACAAUGUCCGCGCUGCCUCCAUCGCCGGUGCCAACUACAACGUCGCUGACAAUCAGGCUGUUUGGGCUGCAGGAUGGGGUACAACUGCUUCUGGUGCCAGCUCCGGUUCCGAGCAGCUCCGUCACGUCCAACUUGUGAUUAUGAACCAGAACAGCUGUGCUAACAACUACCGCAUUGUUGGUAUUACCAUCACCGCCAACAUGUUGUGCUCCGGCUGGCCCUCUGGCGGUCGCGACCAGUGCCAGGGUGACUCUGGUGGUCCUCUCUACCAUAACGGCAUCGUUGUUGGUGUCUGCUCUUUCGGUUUGGGUUGCGGUCUGGUUAACUUCCCUGGUGUGAACGCUCGCGUUUCUCGGUACACUACUUGGAUUUCUUCCAACUCAUAAGAAGAAAAUAUUAUGUUUAAUAUAAUAAUAAAAUUUAAUUUCAUCAA